GCACCUUUGCCGGGUCGCGCCUCCUUCCGGCCCAUGCGCGUGCUAGGCAAGGCCUCGCCGCCGCGGGGCAUGCCGGGUAAAGAUGGAUUCCUACGGGCUCUUCCGGAAGCUGGGGGCCGGCGCCAGGUUCGAUCUGAAGCGCUUCAGCCAGGACGCGCGGCGCUUCAAGGUGAUAAAAGUGAAAGACGCGGAAUUUGACACCCCAGAGAGUCUUGACUUUUUUGGAAGCAAAGAUGCAAAGAUUCCAAGUCUUUCCGAGAAUGGCCGGGGAACAAAUGGCUCCAAGAAAUCGAAAUCUAAAAAAAACCAGAAACUUGAAUCACAUAUGGCUGAGAGAGCAGAUGUCUCUGAGGAGAGACUUAAUGUAGGGAUCGCAAGGAAGAGAAAACAAGACACAGGAGACUUUGAAGGGAAGAAAAGGAAGAGAAAAUCCCAAGAACCUGUUCCAGUCAGCUCUGAUGUAGAAAAUGGUGGGAUAUUGUGGAUGUCCUCUUUGAAAGCAAAGAUUAAAGAUACAAGAAAAAAGGGGGAGAAGAAACCCACAGCAGAGAAACUAGAACAACUUAAACGGCGAAAGAUAAACCAUUUCAGAAACAAACACAAGAUUAGUAUCCAAGGAACAGAUCUCCCUGAACCAAUUGCCACGUUUGAGCAACUUCAAGCAGAAUAUAAAAUCCAUCCUAAAAUAAUGCAGAAUAUUCAAGCUGCUGGCUUCCAGGUCCCUACGCCAAUUCAGAUGCAAGCCAUUCCAGUUAUGCUUCAUAGUCGGGAACUUUUAGCUUCAGCUCCCACUGGAUCAGGAAAGACUUUGGCUUUUAGCAUUCCUAUUUUAACACACCUGAAACAACCCAUGAAUAAAGGAUUUAGAGCUCUAAUCAUAUCACCUACCCGAGAACUUGCUAGUCAGACCCACCGAGAGCUAGUAAAGCUGUCUGAGGGGACUGGAUUCAGAAUACAUAUGAUCCAUAAAGCCACUGAAGCCACCAAGAAGUUUGGUCCCAAAUCAUCUCAGAAAUUUGAUAUACUAGUAACUACUCCAAACAGACUCAUUUAUUUGCUGAAACAGGAUCCUCCAGCCAUAAGCUUAACAAGAGUUGAAUGGUUGGUGGUUGAUGAGUCAGACAAACUAUUUGAAGAUGGGAAGUCAGGGUUCAGAGACCAGUUAGCCUCCAUCUUCCUGGCAUGCACGUCCCAUGUUGUGAAAAGAGCGUUAUUCAGUGCAACGUUUGCGUACGAUGUAGAGCAAUGGUGCAAACUCAACCUGGACAAUGUCAUUUUGGUGUCUGUUGGAGCACGAAACUCUGCAGCAGAGACAGUAGAUCAAGAGCUCUUGUUUGUUGGCUCAGAGACAGGAAAACUACUAGCAAUGAGAGAUCUUGUUAAAAAGGGGUUCGCUCCUCCAGUCCUUGUUUUUGUGCAGUCCAUUGAAAGGGCUAAAGAGCUCUUCCAUGAGCUCAUUUAUGAAGGGAUCAAUGUGGAUGUCAUCCAUGCAGACAAAACUCAGCAGCAGAGAGAUAACGUCGUACACAGUUUCAGAGCUGGGAAGAUUUGGGUGCUCAUCUGCACAGCCUUGCUAGCACGAGGGAUUGACUUCAAAGGAGUGAAUAUGGUCAUUAACUAUGACUUCCCCUCCAGUGCGGUGGAAUACAUCCACAGAAUAGGUCGUACUGGAAGAGCAGGACACACAGGAAAAGCAGUUACUUUUUUUACGGAAGAUGAUAAACCUUUAUUGCGAAGUGUAGCCAAUGUUAUCCAGAGGGCUGGCUGUCCUGUACCAGACUAUAUAAAAACCUUCCACAAACUGCAAAGCAAACAAAAGAAGAAGCUGAUUAAGAAACCUUUGGAAAGGGAGCGUAUUUGUACCACUCCUCAGUACUUACUAGAAAAAGCCAAGAAAAAAAAAAAAAUUAUCCAGAAAAAUAUUAAAGAAAAGAAACUCCAGGAGGCCAGAAAGGAGUCUUAACUACAGAUGGCUCCAAAAAGUUGACUACGUUGUACGAUCUUGCCACCUAACAAACUGAGUUGAUACUGCCACCUGUUGGACUCUCAGACUGGGGAAAUGUAGGGUGGUAGCAAAGAAUUGGGGAAAGAUUAUGGUCACUCACUGCCAACAUUUCUUCCCUUUUUUGUAUAUAUUUAGUGGUAUCACAAGAAAAUCCUUAAUGGGCCAUGGGUGGACGAAGUCCAUAGGAGUACUUCUUAUAGAAGUGCAAGAAUAUACUCCUGGAAUGAAAUACCCCAGGCUUGUGAGCACUGGCUCACAAAUAGCAUCUACUCGGAUUACAAGUGUUACGUAAUUGCAUUGCUUCUUGAGAACACUGUUUAUUCUAGCUUGAGGUAUAAAACCAACUGUAAUGGGGUCGACUCACCAGCGUGAUGCCUUCAGCUGGAUGACUUGGGGAAUUAGCUGGCUGUUCUGAUGAGCGCUGUUGGUGUCUCCCCGUGUUCUCCCAUCAGCACGGCAUCCUUUUCAGGACACUGCCCUCCGGCAGUGCUCACUCUGGUCUCUGCACCCCUUUCCACAGAGGAGGGGGUUGUUUACUCCUCCGCAUACUCCAGGGUCCUCCCAACUCCCCAGGACCUCCAGUUCUUUCUCCCCGGAACACCCAGGUCCCAGGCAAAGGGUGUGGACCUGCUACCUCUGCCUACCAGGCUGCCUCUCACAGUCCUGGAGGCUUCAGGCCUCUCGCAGCCCCUAGUAAACUUCAGGCCUGGUAGCCUGGGCUUACUUGGCCAAAGCCUCCCCAGCCCUACCCACACCCAGAAUCUUCUCACUUCCCUGGCAGUCAGGUCCCUACUGCUCUCCCUCCAGGAGUCCCUCUUUAUAGCCCCCAGCUGGGCUUCCCCUUUCUCUCAAGCUCAGCCCCUUAAAGGCAGGGCAAACGCUCUGUCACACCAACCUUCAGAUAUGUUCUGAAGUUAUGGCUAAGGAAGUCAGGUACAUAAGAUCAGAGCACAAACAAGCUUCAUUAUUGCGCUGGGUAAGGAUAGCUGUAGAAGAUUUUCUUAAGUACGUUGUCUCUCCAUUUAAUGUACAGGAUAGACUUCGAAGACCCAGUCUUACAACUAUAUUUACUUUUUUUUGCCAUAUAAAUCCAUUAGAAAUAGAUGGUUCGCAGCAGUAGAAAGAGACAGGGAAGUACAUCAAACAAUUGCAAAAACAUUGCUGAAGCUUUAUUUCAGGGGUAACCUUAAACCUCAAAACAGAAUAAACGGGAUCUUCACAAGGAAAACAAAAUUUUUCCAGUCUGUUCAUAUAUCCCUUGCAGAACAAGUAUGCAAACACAGUUUCUUUGUUUGCUACAUAAGGAACACCCUUCACAGUUUAUUCUGUUCUCUUUUCACUUGUUAAACCCACUUUGUUUAUACUCCUGUUUCCUUAGGAAGUAGUUCUAAUAGUUCCAGAGUGGCUGUUUUUUCAUGAGGAUAACCCUUUCUCAUGUCACCAUCCUUGUUAUUGGAGAGCUCCGUUGAAUACUCUUAGGAGUUGCACCUCCUCUAGGAUUUGUCACUGUUAAUCCAUUUUGUAAAUGGAUCCCAGCCAUGCAUAAAUUAUCUACUGUAGGCUGUUGCUGAUGUUUCUGUUGAGAUCUGUAGCCACUUUCUGAGAUACAAGUUUUUUAAAUUAAAAUAAAACAAAACUGAUCAAGGA